AUGCGACUUCGUGACGACCUCAUCCUCGGCUUAUCUGCCAUCGUCACGGCAGGCGCUGCUGCUCCCGAGUUCGACUGGGAUUCCAUCAGCCCGUCCACAGACCUCCGGUACCAUGACUGCUAUGCCGCCUUCAAAUGCGCCCGGCUCAAGCUCCCCCUCGACUGGAAAAAUAGUACCGACCCACGAACCGUCGCCAUUGCCGUCAUCAAGCUCCCUGCCAAGAUACCCGAUCAUGACCCUGCCUUUGGCGGGCCCAUCUUCACCAAUCCCGGCGGGCCAGGCGGUUCAGGUGUAAGCUUUGUCGUUGACAACGGCCAUUUUCUGCGGGACUACGUCGACAGCCCCGGCAAGAAGCAUUAUGACAUAGUUUCCUUUGAUCCUCGUGGGACUGGGAAUAGCAGGCCCCUGGCCAACUGUUUCCCUGUCGCUGCUCUUGCCAGGGAUGCGUGGAAGCUCGAGACGAGAGGGAACGGGGGGCCGGAUAAAAGCCUAGCGGCAAUCUCAUACGGAUUGGCCCUGUACGAUGGAUACGGAAGGAGAUGCGAGAAGGCUGACGCCGAGGGUCUGAACGGGGGCGAGAUUUUCAAGUAUCUGGGGACGCCGUCCGUCGCCAGAGACAUGGUUGCCAUGGUGGACAGCAUUGACGAGCUGAGGAAGACGGAAGCUGCUCGUGAUGGGCCCGUGGAACUACUGAAGAGGAACGAAGGGGAUGUUCCGAGACUGCAGUACAUGGGGUUUUCGUACGGCACCAUUCUUGGAAACUACUUUGCUUCGCUGUUCCCGGGGCGCAUUGGACGAAUUGUGCUCGAUGGAGUCUCCAACGCCGACGACUAUGCUACCGGCCCCGGCUGGCUGACAAACAGUGUCGAUUCCGACGCCAUCGUUGACAAAUUCUUUGACGGGUGUUUCCACGCCGGUCCCCAGGUCUGCCGUCUCGCCCGCCCCCAAGACAAAUCCGCCUCAGACCUGCGCACCCGAUUCUGGCCAUGGGUCAAACAGAUCGACGAGGCACCCGUGGCCGGCGUCGGCCCCCUGGGCAGCUCCGUCGUCCUGACGGGCACGGACAUCCGCCUGGUCCUCGUCGGGGCGGCCUACACGCCCCUCAAAUCCUUCAUCCAGACCGCCGAGGUCCUUGACAACGCCAUGGUCCACGGAACCUACGACACCAUCCUGGCCAUGAUCGAGUCCGGGCUCGGCGCGCCCCUCCAAGACGCGUGUCCCGUCGCCAACCAGACCGCCAAGCCGGACCUGGGCACCGACCCCCUGACGGCGGUCCUCUGCGGCGACGGCGAAGACAUCCGCGGCAAGAAGCCGUCCUGGUGGGCGCGCUACGUCGACAGGCAGCUCGCCCAGUCGGCCGUAUUCGGCGGCCUCAUGUCCACCGUCCGCUUCCCCUGCUCCGGGUGGCGCUUCAAGCCCAACUGGUCCUUUCGUGGGCCCUUUACCUCCCCGGAGCCCGCCCGCGACGGCGAGCAGCCGCAACGGGGCCAGCCCGCCGCGCCGAUCAUGUUCCUGACCAACAGGCUGGAUCCCGUCACGCCGCUGGCGUCUGCGCGGGCCAUGGCCAGGAAGCACCCGCACGCCAGGGUGGUUGUGCAGGAAGCCAUGGGGCAUUGUGCCGCCAUCUCGGCGUACAGCGAGUGCACGAGGGGCAUCGUCGCCAGGUACUUUGACACGGGGAAGUUGCCGGACGGGGAGGCGGUUUGCGAGGCCGAGUGUGGCCCUUGGGAUGCAGGCUGCGCGAGGACGAUGCCGAAGUCGAGUGGCGAGGAUGCGGGCGAGGCCUCGCUGGCGAGGAGGUUCCCUCUGGGGGUGUAG